AUGGCUUUCCGCGCUGCUGCUAGAAGAGUCGCCCUCGCCCGUCCCGCGGCUGCAGCCAGGGCGUUCCACUCGACGCCCCGCGCCUUCGUCAAGGUCGGCGACGCGAUCCCCGACUUGCCGGUGCUGGUCGAGAACUCGCCGGGCAACAAGGUCAACCUGGCCGAGGAGUUUUCCAAGGUCAAGAACGGGCUCAUCAUUGGUGUUCCCGCGGCCUUCUCGCCCGCCUGCUCGGCCACUCACGUCCCGUCGUACAUUAACCACCCGAAGCUGAAGGAGGCCGGCUCCGUGUUUGUUGUGUCGGUUAACGACCCCUUCGUGAUGAAGGCGUGGGGUGAGCAGUUGGACCCUGCGAGCCAGACGGGCAUCCGGUUCUUGGGUGACCCGACCGCCGAGUUCACCAAGCAGCUUGAGCUCGACUUCGAUAGCGUCGCCAUCUUUGGCGACACCCGCGGCAAGAGAUACACUCUUGUCGUCGAGGACGGCAAGGUCAAGGAGGCUCACGUCGAGCCCGACAACAUUGGAACCAAAGUUUCUCUGGCCGAUACGGUCCUUGCUUAA